GAACUCCGCCUCACCUUUCCAGAGCUUCCAUCCCCGGCCUGCAGUCUCUUCGCCGCCCCGGGGUGGUUGAGCCGUCAUAUUGUAUCCCGACCCCGAACCUCCGACGGACACCAGCUCCGUGACGGAGCAUUUCGUCAAAAUUUAUUCCCACAAUUCGCGAGCCUCCCUGCUUGGGGGUUCCUCCUUCGAUCCGUCUUUCAGGCGCGGUUUUCGUGCACGCGAAGGGUAUCUGAACGUCACAUCGGAUCCUCCGAAGCGAUCCAGGAUGUAUCGGCCAAACUCCCUGUGGACGUGGUCCUUCUGUAUUGUGACACUGAUCCAGACCAUCAUCACGCUUGCGUUGGAGUGUUAUGUCUUUUCCAACUUCCAGAUCCAAUUGUUCCCCAAAGCCAACGCCUCGACCGCUUCCAAGACAGUCCCCACCUUUCUCGCGCUCUACAGUUUCGGUUUCAUCUAUGAGUUGGUGCUCGUGUAUGACGCUCUACGCCUCAAGAAUACGAUUCAGGUUAUCGGGCUGUGUGUGUGUAAUAUCGGGCUUCUGAUAUAUGGGGCAGUGCAGGUCCAGCAGAUCCGAGAGGCUGUGAUGCUCCUGGUGAACGAAAGCGCCAUCUCGAGCGAUGUGUGGGGAGAAACGGAGCCUUUCUUGAUCAUCAUUCCGUGUGUCGUCGCCAUGGGCUCGUUGCUGAUGAUGAUCAUCGCCUGGAAGCUCUACGAUGAAUUCGCGUGGUCGAUCUACAAGCAUAUCAGCGCAGAUUUGCGCAUGAAGCGCCGGUAUCUCACGUACCAGAUUUACAUCGCUCUUCUCAAGUUCGAUUUCUUCUUCUUCCUGGGUUUCACAGUCCAGUUCCUCGUCAUCGUCACAAACAAAACCGAUAUCGAAUUCGCCCUCACAACGGCCGCCAUCCCGGUUACGAUUUUGAUCUUGAUAUGUGCCGCCGUCUUCGUCAAGCGGGAGAGCUCGAUUGGAAUGAUCGUCACCAUCCUCCUCUAUUUCGCAGCAAUGGCCUACUUCUUAUUCAAGCUGGUCCGCAUGUACCAGCCCGCGACAUACAAAGAAUACCUGCCCGCCCGGCGGUCAUUGACGUUCUUCGCCGUCAUCACGCUCCUCCUGAUCGUCCUCACCAUCAUCAACGCCGGCAUCUGCAUGCACAACUUCCACAAGGGACUGAAACAGCACGUGUAUAAGCCCAAGAGCCAGGACAAGGACAAGAAGACGACGGAAUUGACGUCGAAUGUUUCGAACGACAUUCCCUCUCGCAUGAUGAUCGACUAAACAACAAAACGCCAUGCGUUGAAAUUUACGAGCCAAAGAAAAAGACGGAGAAAAUAAGAAGAAGAAGAAGAAGAGGAAAAAAGUAAAUAAAGGGACCACCGAAUUUUUUUUUCUUUCUUU